CAGCAGCAGCAACAGCAAGAGCAAGAGCAGGAGCAGGAACAGGACAAGAUCAGGAUGACCAACGCCAUGGAUAUUGUAAAGAAUGGCAGUGCCAAUGGGUCCGUCGACGGCAGCAAUGAUGAGUCGCGCACCAAUUUGAUUGUCAACUAUCUGCCGCAAACCAUGACGCAGGAGGAGAUGCGAUCGCUCUUCUCCAGCAUCGGUGAGCUCGAGAGUUGCAAACUGGUGCGUGAUAAAGUCUCAGGUAAUUUGGUCUUACCAGCAUCGCUGACGGCUCUCAAUCCGGCACUGCAGCAAGGCCAGAGCCUGGGCUAUGGCUUUGUUAACUACGUGCGGGCCGAGGAUGCUGAGAAGGCUGUGAACACCCUGAACGGUUUGCGUUUGCAGAAUAAGGUUAUUAAAGUAUCAUACGCCCGUCCAAGCUCAGAAUCUAUUAAGGGUGCUAAUUUAUAUGUAUCGGGUCUUCCGAAAAAUCUAUCACAACCAGACUUGGAGGGGAUGUUUGCAUCGUUCGGCAAAAUAAUAACAUCUCGUAUACUCUGUGAUAAUAUUUCUGGUCUAUCGAAGGGCGUCGGCUUUAUACGCUUCGAUCAGCGCAAUGAGGCCGAGCGGGCCAUCCAGGAGUUGAAUGGCAAGACACCCAAGGGCUAUGCCGAGCCGAUCACUGUGAAGUUUGCUAAUAAUCCCAGCAAUAGCGCCAAGGCCCAGAUAGCCCCGCCCCUGACCGCCUACUUGACUCCGCAGGCGGCGGCGGCCACCAGGAGACUGGCCGGAGCUCUACCCUCCGCCGGUCGCAUAAGAUACUCACCGCUGGCCGGGGAUCUGUUGGCCAAUUCGAUCCUGCCCGGAAACGCAAUGACCGGAUCCGGAUGGUGCAUAUUCGUGUACAACCUGGCACCGGAAACCGAAGAGAAUGUCCUGUGGCAGCUAUUCGGUCCCUUCGGGGCCGUGCAAUCGGUGAAGGUGAUCCGUGAUCUGCAGACCAGCAAGUGCAAGGGAUUCGGCUUUGUAACCAUGACCAAUUACGAUGAGGCCGUAGUGGCUAUCCAGUCCCUCAACGGCUACACCCUGGGCAACCGAGUGCUUCAGGUCAGCUUUAAGACCAACAAGACCAAGACCACUUAGGCACCACCGCCAUUCGGGAGGAUGGUUCAGCGACCUCUACAAUACUCCAUGAUCUGUAUGAUUUGAUGACACUAGUCUAGUUCUACUACCGACGAAACGAAACGAAACGAAAGACGAUACGAUACGAGAUUGAUUUGCUAAACGCGUUGUAGUCAAAAUUGCACAUUAAUUAACGACGAGUGGGAGGAGUUAGCGGGAUUUGAAGAUCAGGGGUCAGGGAUUUUGAAUCGCCUGAAUAGGCAGCGAUUUCUAUCUUUUUGAGUAAUUCGCUUAAUUGGUAAUUGAUAAUAUGUGAACUUUAAAUGAAACAAUCACUGCAUAUUUAUAAACUUCUGCUCAAGCGAUUUGAAUGACCUUCCAGAUUUUUAUGCGCUAAAUGAAAUUAUUAUGAUUGUAAUUCUAACGAAAUCUUAGUGAAAAUUGAUUUAUGUUUUCCUAUACAAUUUAUUUUUAUUAACUUAA